AUGAAGAGCCACAGUCAGAAAACACUCGCAGAAUACGAGCAGGACUUGAAAAGACAGAAAGACAUUGCAAAUUACAGGAUGAAAAAACUGUCAGCAAAGAAAGCGGAAAUCAAGAACAAGACAGAAGCCCUGAAAGAAAAGAUUAAGAAGAAGUAUGAAGACAUGAAGCGUGUGCUGGAGGAGGACAUGAAGAUCACCCUGACUCAGCUGGACAUGGAGACCAAGGCCACGGAGACCAGCGUGGAGGACUCCAUCGAGAGCUGCUUGCUCCUGGUUCAGGACCUCGAGCGCCGGCUGUGCGAGCUGUCGGCCCAGCGAGAGGAAGACGAGGAGCAGAUAUAUGACAAGGAAGAAGAGAGGAUAACGGAGGUUUUAAAGCAGACUGAUCCAGACCUGAUCCAGACGGAUGACUUUAAAAAUAAUCAACUGCUGAGUUUAACCAUCAACCUGCUCCUCUUCAUUCGCUCUCAGGUUCCUGUCUCAAAGAAACUGCUCCAGAGCUAUGCAACAGAGGUGCUUUUGGAUCCUGACUCCGCCCACCCAAAGCUGAUCAUUUCCCCGUCAGGUGACUCGGUGACGUACACGGACACCUGGCAGGAUGUACCUGAUAACCCGUCUCGUUUUGACACGACACUCAAUGUCGUGAGCUGCCAGGGGUUCGGCGAGGGCCGCAGCUACUGGGAGGUGCAGGUCAGUGGCAAGACGUACUGGGAACUGGGCCUGACCUACCCCAACAUUCCCAGGAAGGGCCGCGAAGAGGACUGCUGGCUGGGCCGCGGCCCUGAGUCAUGGUGCGUGGAGUAUUUUAACGGCGCCUACACGGCCUGGCACAAUGGGGUGCCCCACGAGUUGACGCAUGUCUCUGGGAGAAAUUUCCAGCGCAUUGGGGUGUUUUCCAGCUCUGAGGGGGGUCUGGUCUGUUUUUUGGGGGCUGACACGAUGACACCACUCUACAGUUUCUGUGCAGGGACCUUCAGUGACGUUCUCUAUCAAGCUGUCUGUCCGGGUCAUGACAACCAGGGGACCAACUGGACACCCCUGCUGAUCUGUGAUGCCUCCAGGUUCGUACCCAUACUUUGA